AACUCUGCUACGCUUCUCUCUCUACAAUUACUCUUUGAGAUCCUCUCUCUCUAGAAUAUUGAGUAUUGCUAACUUGAGCGUCGAAGUGUUUUUCCCGAGGAAACAUCCUCAGGAAUUUCAGGUGUUGAAGCAACUGAAGGAAACCAACCCCCACGAGGCAACAUGGACGAGCAGGACAAUACUCAUCUCUUGGAAAGUGAUUUGAACGACUUCCAACCAAUGCCGAGAAACCUUUUCGUGGGAGGAGCAGAACAAGAACAAUCAAAUACUUCGGAUGAUGAACGAACACCCAUUGGGUAUGCAACCCAACCUGAAGAACAGUUGCAUGUCCCAGCAGAAGCCAGGCGGAGGCAUUCCAGGCAAAACGCUUCGCCACCUGAGAGAUCCAUGGAAGCUGCUCGGAUGACUAAGCUAGAAGAAAGAACCAGAGUUUUAGAAAUGGCCAUGGGAAAAAUCCUCUCUCGCCUGAUCCCUAAUGACCCCUUAAUCCCUUUACUAAAUAGGGAACUUGAGAAGCAGUUAAAAGACAUACAGAGUUCUGUUGAUGAGCUAAAGAGUCCAAGGUCACGACAGCAAGCCUUAGAUUUGGACAGUGCUCCUCUCAAUCAAUCCAUUACCACGGAACCAUAUCAAGAGGGAUUUAAAAUUCCCCAUUUAGAGACAUAUGAUGGUUCCGGCAACCCGGAUGAACAUUUACAUACUUAUCAAGCCAUCAUGAAGAUUCAGAAUGCUACCGAUGCAAUGAUGUGCAAAGUAUUCCCCACAACAUUGAAGUCCACUGCCAGAAGAUGGGAGAUUAAGCGUACUACUACUGAAUUAAUGCAAGUUCACCAGAGGGAAGGAGAGUCUUUGAGAGACUAUAUGCAAAGGUUCAACAAAGCCACUUUGGACAUUGAUAAUGUCCUUGAUACCAUUUGUUUAUCAGCCCUACUGCACAGCUUGAAACCUGAUUGGUUCCUAGAUGACUUGCUGGAGAAUCCACCUAAGUCGUGGAAUGAAGUAAAUGAUAGGUCAGCAAGUUUCAUAUUGUCAGAAGACUUCCAAUCAUCUAAACGGCGAGCUGAUGAUAAACAAAGUAAGAAGCAUAAACAGCCUGAAGCAAGGGAAGAGAAGAAAAAGCAGAAGCAUUGGGUCAAAAGACCACCUCCUCAGAUGCAUGAAUAUCCACGAGCUAACAGGAGCAAAUAUUGUGACUAUCAUUGGGGUUAUGGUCAUAACACAGAUGACUAUCAGAGCUUGAAGGACGAGCUGGAAUUCUUAGCUCGCAAUGAAAAAUUGGAAGGAUACGGGAAUCAAUAUUCAUCUGAAUCCGUUAGAACCUACAGAGGACACCCAUUUAACCAAAGAGGACAGGGACAGAAAACUUUUGCACGGCAUCAAAAAGAUCAUAGAGGGGUUGGUUACAGCAAGAUACCCCCACCGUUUGGCCCAAUCAACAUGAUUUCUGGUGGCAUGCAUUCAGGAGGACAAAGUGCCCGAGAUCGUAAGACUUAUGCUCGACAAGUGAUGAUAGUAAAUAAAAAUGGACCCUUAAAACGACCAUUUGAAGAAGCGGAAUGGGAGAACACACCCAUCACAUUCAAUCCUUCUGAUUAUAAACGGAUAGGGGAAAAGCCUGAUAUUGUGAUGCCCCAUGCAGACCUCUUUGUGGCAACAAUGCACAUAGGCAAUCAUAAUGUCAAUAAAGUCUUCAUUGAUACAGGUACGGAACCGUGGUUUAGGAUGGCAUCCGUUAGCUUCUUGGUGGUUAAGAUGAAGUUAGCAUACAAUGCCAUAAUUGGGAGAGCCACACUUUGCGCGCUUAAAGUUGUCAUUUCCCAACCACACCUCUGCAUGAAAUUCCCAACCCCUCAGGGAAUAAGGGUGCUCAAAGGAAACCAAAAAAUGGCUAGAGCAUGCUACCAGGACACUUUCAAGAAAGUUGAUCCCGCUGCAAUGCCAAAAACUCCUUCUCUGAAAGCCAAACCAGUUAAGCCAGUAGAAACUGUUGCAUUAGACCCCGGUAAUCCAGAGAAGAUGGUGAAAAUUGGAACUAAGCUCACAGAGAAAGAGAGAAUAGAGCUCCUGCAGUUCCUAAAAGCUAACCAAGAUGUCUUUGCAUGGACAACAGAUGAAAUGCUUGGAAUUCCGGCAGUGUUGGCAGUCCACACACUUAGCAUUGACCCGACCAGAAGACCAGUGAUGCAAAAACGCAGCCUUAUGGGCCCGGAAAAGCAAGCAGCAAUAGAUGAAGAGAAGCCCAACGGCAAGUGGAGGAUGUGCAUUGACUUCACCAACUUGAAUGAGGCAUGCCCUAAGGAUCCCCAUCCAUUGCCUAAUGUUGAAAAGUUGGUAGAGCGAGCUACUGGCAAGUUCGUGGGGUAUGUGGUGUCCAAGAAAGGAAUUGAGGUCAACCCGGAUAAGGUUGUGGCUGUGCAGCAGAUGAAACCUCCUAAGACAGUGAAAGAUGUGCAAUGUCUAACAGGUCGUCUUGCCGCCUUGCACAGAUUCAUAGCUAGUAAGAUGAAGGUGGGCUUUAUUUCGUUUCGGAUUGAUAAGAUACCAAGGGCAGAUAAUAGACGAGCUGAUGAGUUAUCGAAGCUGGCUUCGUCGCACGAUAUCAAUCCUCAUAGGGUGACAAUUGUUGAAAUCCUUGAUGCACCGAGCUACACUGACUUGAAGGAUGAAUGCCUAGUGUUGAGUAUAGAUCCCUCAUGGCCGAGCUGGACUACGCUACUGAUUAAUUACUUGCGAAGUGGUGAAUUGCUUGAGGAUCCAUCUAAUGCUCGAUUGGUUAAGCGUAGGGCGGCACAUUUUACCCUAAUUAGCGAUUAGUUGUAUAAACGAGCGGUUUCAAU